CAUCCCUCCACCAGCGAGGAGUAAACAGAGCUCCAGGAUGUUUCAGCCUUAAAUGUUAGGUUUUAUAAACUAAUAACGCGUAUACAGAGACGCACAAAGAUAAAACAUAUAUUCAGAAGUUCUCUGGAAACAGCAUACCGAGCAUUUAGUGUUCUAUAACAUUUCAGAAGCAGCUAAUAAUGUUCUGAAAGCGAUGUUGUGUGCUACGUUAAGAUAGCAUGCUAAGCUAAGUGCUAGCCCCGGCUAAAGUCAGUUGGCUUUUUGGAAUGGUAGUGAGCAGCGCGAGCUCCUCCAGACAUGGCAGCGGGCGCACGAGCCUCUUCUGGCGGCUCUUUCGAGUCCACGAUGGGGAAGAGGUUUCAGAGCGUGUCCAACACCAUGGACUCAAUCCAGGGACUGUCAACGUGGUGCAUCGACAACAAGAAGUAUCACAGCCUGAUUGUGCGACACUGGAUGAAGUGUUUGAAGAAAUCUGACACCUCACAGAGGCUCAACCUUUUUUACGUCGCUAACGAUGUCAUUCAGAACUGUAAAAGGAAAAAUGCCAUCGUUUACCGUACGGCAUUCGCUGAGAUGCUCCCUGAGGCAUUCUUGCUGGUCAACAGUGAAGGUGACCUGAAGGUGAUUCAAUCCGUGGAGAGGAUCCUGUCCAUCUGGGAGGAGAGGGGGGUGUAUGCAGGGACCCUCAUCACUGAGCUCAGGAGCAACUUAGUCAAAGAGGAAUCCCCUCCUGAGACUCCCGUGGAGCAAAAAACUCCAGUUGAGUCUAAAGCAGAUCUACAGUCCAAGAUUGUUGCUGAGUUUGUGCCACAGGCACUAUUUGACGAUCUGUCCAAGUACAAGAAGUCUCUGGAGGAGUUGGACCUGAGAGAGAAACAGCUGGCAGCGAUGAGGGUCGACAUCUGCAGUUCUGAUGCCCUCAAGAGACUCAAAGAUAAGGCAGGAGGAAAAAAAUUCUCCAAGGACUUUGAAGAAGGAAGUGCGCAACUGCAGGAUUUUGUCAAGUUCUUUGACCAACAAAUCAAAGUAGGACCUCCUCUCAUGCAGUCCCUCAGCAAUGCAGAUAUCUUCUACGAGAUGCAGUACAAGGAGGUCAAGAUUGUUGCUAAUGCCUACCAGACGUUCGCCAACCGGGUGUCCCACCUGAAGCGUAAACUGGACUCCCUGAAGGCCAACCUGCCAGACAUGGACGAGUCUCCCAUCCCCUCGCCUUCCGCAGACGCUCCCUCUCCAACGGGCUCGGAGUCCCCUUUUCAUGAUCUGGAGAUGGCCCACCCCGAUCCAGAUCUUGACGGCUGUGCGAUGGAGGAUGAAGCAGAGCCGCCGGCCCCGAGCCCACUGUCCUCACCGGGAGGAUCCCCAAAACAAAUGGAGACCGUCGGGCAGAGUGACAACCGUGAGGUGGAGGACAUGGAGCUCUCCGAAGAAGAAAUGGACAGCGGCGGCAUUAUAGUGGAGGACCAGAUUGAAAACACCAUCCAGCCAAAGGUGUCCACUUUAAAAUCGGAGGCAGCAGUCGUUCCAGAGCAGCCUCUCACACAGGUCCCGCCCCCUGCAGUUACUCCUUCUGCAGUUACUCCUCCUGCAGCUGCUCCUGCAGCCGCCCCGGCAGCAGUGGCUCCUGUAGUGUCUCGUGCAGCAGUGGAAAGUGUGGAUAUGGGUAAAAUUGGCUCCAUCCUCAACAGUUUGAAUGCAGUGAUGAAGAACACAGGACCUUUAGUGGAGAGUCCUCAUGCAGCCGCCCCUGCUGCCUCCUCAUUGAAGAGUCCACUGACUGCCCCUGUGGCCUCUCAGGAAGCCAGUUCUAUGGUGAACCUCCUCUCUAAGGUGGACAUGAGUCCUGCAGACAUCCUCGGUGCUCUCUCCAAAGUCCAGGGUAGAGGCAGCCUCGGGGGCAUCACUUCUCUUCUGAGCAGCCCAAAUGUCUCUUCAGUCUCGUCGAGUACAGGCAAGAUCCCUCCGUCAUCCGUGUCAGCAGUACCCUCUCAGAGCCCGUCUCUCCCGCCUGUUGCACCUGUGCCUUCUUCACACAGUGCCACUGAAAGGCUGAGUACGAGCUCCCAAGCCCCGCCCCGGACUUCAAAUGCAGCAUCUUCUCUGGUCCAGGCUCUCCAUCGAGACAUGGAUCUGACUACAGAGUCAUCACCCGCCUUGUCCUCUGAUAGCUUGGAGUCUAAAAUCCACAGCUUCCUGCAGGGGAACCCUGCUUUCAAUGCGUUUGGCAUUAGUCUUCCCACAAACCCUGUGCCAGCAGGGGACAACCUCAGCCCCGUAACUGGGACAGACAACCAGGGCGGGACCCCAGUGCGGGAUGAGGGCGGCGGCACCCCAACUCAAGACGAGAUAAUGGACAAGCCUGUAGUGGUCCCGUUCACCUCCAACUCAAAUCAGUCAUCAAUUGGAGAAACAGUUACCAUGACUUCUGUAGCAUACCCGAACAGCAGUCAGCACAACAAUCCCCAACAGCAGGCCCCCCUGCAGCCGGGGGGGGCUAUUCAGAACGGGCAGGCAUACCAGCCCUAUCCUUACGGCCAACACAACAUUUCGGAGCAUGGCAUGACUGCACCUGCUCACUACCAGCAGAUGUCUGCACGGACAGGAGGGCCGGUGCCUGGAGUAAGACCCCCAGGUGGUGCCGGUAGCACACAAACAAUGAAAGGCUUUCAGGGGGGGGGUGAAAGGGGUUGGUAUGGAGAUACUUACCUAGGGGGGAACUGCCAGCAACCCAGAGGCUACAAUGUAACGGCGCCUGGCGACCACAACUCCUCUGGACUUUAUCCGUACCAAACAGAGACAUUUCAGGAUCCUCAACAGGUGGCCUCUCAGCAGGGCGCCGCCUCGGCCCCUGGUUACUUCAGAGGUACCCUUCCUCCUGUCCCAAAGCUCCCUCCCCCUCCUCGAGUCUUAGACGCCCCUCCUUCUGGGAACAGCAUUAUGAUGAUGCCUCCAGAGCAGCAGCCGGGUCCCGGCUCUGGUACGGGGGAGGCAAUCGGUGACAGUCUCAUCAGUGGGAUGAUCGUCCAUGACCAUCAACACAAAUCCAUGUUCCAUCCUGAUGAUUCGCUCUAUGAACGCGACAGACCUCGCCAGCCUCACCCUGAAGACUUUCAUCCUCACCCUGAAGACUUCCAUCCUCACCCAGACAGACCUCUUCCUUCUCAUCCUGAGGAUUACCCCCCUCACCUAGAUGACCUGGGUUACCAAGAUGACCCCCGCCAUCAUGAUCAUCAUGAUGCCCAUUUCUUUCAAGAAGACCGUUUUCCCCAACCAGAAGAUCCUUAUCACAGGCCAGGUAACCCUCUGCAGCACUACCCAAGAGUUCGGGGGCCCUCCGCUCCCACUCUCUCGCCCUCAGAGGACCCUUACUACCAUGGGCACAGCCCCCGUCCUCCGAACUACGCUCCCAGAAGACCACCGCCAUCACAUCGUUUUGAAAUUUGUCAUCCUGGUCCACGGCCUCCACAUCGACUUCCUCACCCAGCACACCACCCACACCCCAGAGGACCCCCACAUGCACCAUUUCCCCGGUUCCAGGGCCCCGGUCCAAGGUUAAGAGGCAAACGACCUGGUCCAAGAGGAGGCGGACCUCCUGGUCCAAUGUUCCCCCCGAAAAGACCCUUUCCACCCCCGAGGUACUGAGUGGACAUGAAGCUCUGAGCUCUUCAAAUCACUGAUGAUGGAGGCAGGGGCAGAGGGCCACUCCUGUGAAGAUCUGGAGGAUGAAAGUGCAGAUACUGAGGUGGUCACCAGGACGAUUCAGCUGAUACCAGACGAAAAAGAGUGAGGGGCCAAGAAUAAAGGAGGAGAACGAGAGACACCGAGAGGUUCUGAGGGGGCUGCUGAGCAGAAGAGUGAAGACAGAAGAUGAAAGAAAAUAAGAGGUGGAUAUAUAUAUAUAUAAUUCACUUUUUGUGUUUUUGUAUGAAGCAUUGCAUUUAAUAUUUAGUAGAGUGUCAUUUGAGUGUGUGCAUGGUAUGCGUGUGUGCAUGCGCUCAAGUGUCAGUUAACUCGUACCGGACGUUGAACUCGACGAUAGUUAUUUUUGCUAAAAGAGAAACAAAAGAAUGUAGCCGGUGCAAUGUUUCUAUUAUUUAGUGUUUCAGUGAGCAGUUUCGACUGCUUCUUUUCAUAUCAGCAGUUUCAAGUAGCUUUUGGUAUGAAUUACAUUUAAAUUAAAUCCCUCUGGGUAGGAAAUACAGAUUGUAUGUUAUAGAAUUUAUGUUCCUUCUACGAUUCUCGUUAGCAUAUUUUAGACAAAACAUUUUUGCAUUGUUUCUACACCGAAUGUUAUAUAUUUGUGAAACGAUGCUUUCUCCAGCUGUGCGUUAGAUACCUGCGGCGAUAGUUUUACGUCGUGUUAGGUUCCUGAAGGAGAGCUUCUAUACUCAAACGAAGAGAGAGCUGUGAGUUUUUUUUCUCCAUCCAACUCCAACUCGCAGAAGAAGUGCAUUUUUGGAGGGGAUGAAGAAAAUCGUCUUCAGUUUCGUUUUACUUGUACUGACUAAUAAAAAUCUGAGUUUGAAAAAUG